AUGAGGCAAAAAGGAGGAGACAAUGACAAUGACAAUGACAAUGACAAUGACAACGGGAGAAUAAGGAUAGAUCAACAGGAGAGGGAGGGAAACGGGUCAAAGAACCGAGCGAUGACGACCCGACGAGGUUCCCGAAAGAUGGGGAGACCAACGGGGAAGCGAAGCCGCAUGGCAAUGGGGAUCGGGAAUGAAUCCAACGAUUCCAGUGUCAAGGAAUGCCACCCCCGCCAAUGGGGAAGACGGAAGCGGGGAGAGAGUCUGGAGAUGAGAUCAGGAUCAUUAGGGGAAACCGUCGGGACUGGUGGGAUGCCAUUUGUGGAGAGGGCCGACUGGCGUGGGGGUUCAGAAGAGAAGAAGAGGAUGAUGAUGAUAUUAUUGUAUGGAGGAGAAGGGAAAAGAUGGGAUGAAGACACAGAGAGAGAGAGAGCGUGGGAGGCCAUCAGCAGCAUUCCGUGGGGGUUCCCGAGCGAGGAAAACUGCAAAAGCACACACAUCCAUCCCGCAAUCCUCAACCCCAGACCAAAAUCCCCCGAGGAAAACUUAAAAACCACUGGACGGCGGAAGAUCCCUACCCUCAACCCCGGCUCUGGCUUCAACCGGUCAUUUUCAAAGGAUCAAUCACAUACUCCUCCGUACUUCCUGAUGGAUGGAUGCAACUCCACCAUGGUGGAUAUUGGUUGGUCAUACGGGAUACCACCACCCCCUCUUCCCCUUCCUUCACGCAGGAGAGUCACCGCUGGUUUGAUUGAUCAUCAUAAGUCCGUCAGCAAGUCCAUCUCCGUCAUCAAUGGUAGCGACACGGGCAUAUCUCGCCCAUGCCGGCUAGAUCAUCGAUUCGGCCCCGUGUGCUCCCCGCCCCCGAACGAGGAAGAAUUACCCUCUUUCUUUCUCUUUGUCGGACACAAGAGUCAGAGGAUAGCGGAAUUGUUCAAGGACGUCGAGGGUUACGCGGUUCCGAAUUCAUCGGGAUACACAUCUACGGCCGACGGGUCUGCUGACUGGCCAGGCAACCCAACAUAA